AGCUGGAGUCGGUUAUUUAUGACGUAACAGUUUAUGCGACAGGUGAAGGUCGGAAGACAAACCUUCCCAACGUGUUUCUCCAUCUACAGUACUACUCUCUGAUCAAUCUCAUUCCCCCCGAGAGACGGAUAUAAUAAAACCCAGAUACGAUGCGGUUGUUAAGUGGAGCGGUGUUGCGGGCCACGAUGAGACACCGCUGUCGCUACUUUUCUGUGGCACAAAACAACUGGAACGCCAGAAAAGGUCUGGUACUCGGUGUUUACGAGAGUGAGAGGGAGGACGACUCUCUCCAUCUAACUGAAUCAGCAGCUGGUGUCGACAGAGUUCUGUCUGGUAAACUGACUGAGCUGCUAAAGAUAUCAGGACCAGGUCUGAAGAAAGGGAAGAGCAGAAUAUUCUACGGUCUUCAUGAGGACUUCCCAUGCAUAGCAGUAGUUGGUCUAGGGAGGAACUCUCUGGGUGUGUGUGGAACAGAGUACUGGGACACCUGUAAGGAGAACAUCAGGGCUGCUAUAGCAGGAGGCUGUAGGGUUCUCCAGAACCAUGUGUUGACCCAUAUAGAGGUGGAUGGGUGUAAUGACAGCCAGUCAGCAGCAGAGGGAGCUGUUCUGGGACUGUUUACUUACGAUGACCUGAAAACCAAGAAGAAGACCAGAGUCACCACACAGCUGCAUGGCAGUGGAUGUGUGUCUGGCUGGGAGAAAGGUGUGCUGUACGGAGAGGGGCAGAACCUGGCCCGUUACCUGAUGGAAGCUCCAGCCAAUCAUGUCACUCCGUCAGUCUUCGCUGACACCAUCACAAACAGACUGGCUCCCUACGCCGACCACGUCACCGUCCAUAAGAGGUCUCAAGAGUGGAUAGAGGAGCAGCAGAUGGGAGCGUUCCUCAGUGUUUCUAAAGGCUCAGAGGAACCGCCUGUCUUCCUGGAGCUACACUACAACGGUUGUCCUGACAACGCACAGUGUCCUCUACUGCUGGUGGGCAAGGGCAUCACCUUUGACAGUGGUGGGAUCAGUCUAAAGCCUCCGUCAGGCAUGGACGCGAUGAGGGCUGAUAUGGGAGGAGCCGCCACAGUGUGUUCCGCCAUCGUCACGGCAGCAGCCCUCAACCUGCCAAUCAACAUCAUAGGUCUAGCACCUCUCUGUGAGAACAUGCCCAGUGGGAAAGCCAACAAGCCUGGAGAUGUCGUCACCGCCAAGAACGGCAAAACCAUACAGGUGGACAACACGGACGCAGAGGGACGGUUGAUCCUAGCAGAUGCUCUCUGUUACGCUCACAGCUUUAACCCCAGAGCCAUCGUCAACGCUGCUACCCUCACUGGAGCGAUGGAUGUUGCUCUGGGUUCAGCAGCGACAGGAGUCUUCACCAACUCUGACUGGCUCUGGGAACAGCUUCACAAGGCCAGUGUGGUAACAGGAGACCGGGUGUGGAGGAUGCCGUUGUUUCAACAUUACACCAGACAGGUCACUGACUGCCAGCUGGCCGACCUCAACAACGUCGGCAAGUACAGCCGUUCUGGCGGAGCCUGCACGGCGGCAGCGUUUCUGAGGGAGUUUGUGACGGCUCCUCAUUGGGCGCACCUGGACAUCGCCGGGGUGAUGACCAAUAAGGACGAGGUUCCCUACCUGAAGAAAGGAAUGUCUGGGAGACCGACACGAACACUGGUAGAGUUCGCUGCUGGACUGGCCAACCAAGCCUGAAGACACACACACACACCACUCCUACACACACUGAGCUGGCUGGAGAAUGAUUAUUCUGUAGAGACAGAGACACUGGUACUGUGUAGAGUUAGACUGCUUCCCAAAUAGCACCUUAUUCCCUACCCAUUGGAGUCUGGUCUAAAGUAGUGGACUAUAUAGGGAAUAGGCCCUUUUUGUCCCCUCAUAUAUGUGUAUAUGUAUAUAUAUAUAUAUAUAUAUAUAUAUAUAUAUAUAUAUAUAUAUAUAUAUAUAUAUAUAUAUAUAUAUAUAUAUAUAUAUAUAUAAUGCUAUUUGGGAUGUAUCCUGAGUCAUCUGGUAAUAUGCUGUGCAUCGAGAGGGUUGAAGAGGACAUUUCCACCCCGUGCCCCAGCACAUGUAACUAAUUCCCUCUCUAGCCUAGUUUAUAGCCUACAUUCAUUGAGAAACUGAAUGUAUGUAAAUGGACAAGGUAUAUCGUAUCCUUCCCUACAAAAAAGAGUUUGCAGUCAGAGUGCAGUGUAACUGCAUCCAAAAUAUGUAAUGUUAUUCUGCAUUCACUGCUUCCAAAAUACCACAGUCGACUUUAAUCUUGUUUUGGAACGGUAACAACGCAAAGUGUUGUUGCGUAGCGACACUACGCAGCCCUGCAAUUUAUAACUGGAAGAACGCAGGAUGGCCUUUUCUGCGUAGCGUUCUUGCGUUGCAUAGUAGGGUAAAAACGAGGCUUCAGUGACAGUCAGUUAACCUCUUCUGUCCAGUAGUUGUGGGAUAAACUAAUGCUGAAGUUGGUAUGCACUUCUGCGCACAAAAACUGUCAAAUAUUAUUAUUGCCAUGUCAUUUAAAUAAAACACCAAUAAAACCAUUUUGGGGGAUCAA